UAAAUGGAGGCAGCCCUCGUCCAGUCGUUUGUUGGACGCUAAAACUCCACGCAAAAACAAAUACUAAACAAACUGGUGAAGAAGACGAAGAAUGAGACACGGAGAGAGAGAGAGAGAGCUCCGAAGACCCAAAUAGGAGCUUCAGAGCUUCCUUUCUUUACUAAGUUCCUGGUUUCAAUCCCCAAUUCAUCAGUAUAGAGAAUUUGACUCUUUGUUGCUGGAGCUCUAUCUCAAUCACAUUGUGCACCCUUUGUGUUUGGAUCAGCUUGGCAGGCAUUUGAAUAUCCAAGGAAUCGUCUUUACCGAGCAUCUAUGGCUACUUCUGGAUCAAAAGCUGCUACCGGAGAUUUAGUUGUUGAUAGCUUAAUCUCAAGUUGUGGGAAUGUUUUAAACUUUGUACAACCAACCGGUGUUUAUUUCAGUGAUAGAAGGCUGCACAAUUGCCAAAAAGCUGGCAUAGGUUUCAAAAGUCAAGAAACAAUUAACAGGUGCAGUAUUUACGGGUGUCAUAAAUUUGAUAUUACAUGGAGGUCUGGCAACUCUAAUUCACUUGUUGGACCAUGGUUUAGAAGCCUCCAUACCUCUUCCUCUCAAUGUUACUCUGAUGAUGCUGUCCCCAAUGUGUCAUUCGAUGGAUUGGCAUGUGAUGAACAGCUUGCAAAUUCUGCGGCUCCCGCUGAGCGAAAUAUUCUAGGCGACAGGACCUUGAAACUACAAUCAGGAUCUUGCUAUCUUCCACAUCCUGAUAAAGAAAAAACAGGUGGAGAGGAUGCUCACUUCAUUUGUGAAGAUGAGCAAGCAAUUGGCAUAGCAGAUGGUGUUGGUGGCUGGGCAGAUGUUGGUAUUAAUGCAGGGCAUUUUGCCCGUGAACUCAUGUCUAAUUCAGUAGCUGCAAUUCAAGAUGAACCGAAGGGUUCCAUUGACCCAGCUGGGGUGUUGGAGAAAGCUCACUCAAUCACAAAAGCCGAGGGUUCCUCAACAGCUUGCAUCAUAGCCCUUACAAACCAGCGGAGUUUGCAAGCCAUUAAUCUUGGGGAUAGUGGAUUUAUCGUAGUCAGAGAAGGAUGCACCAUCUUCCAAUCUCCUGUGCAGCAGCAUGGUUUCAAUUUUACAUAUCAGUUGGAAAGUGGCAAUGAAGGUGAUCUGCCAAGUUCUGGCCAGAAUCAAAAACCUCAAUAAUGGUCAGAUGAUAGUAGUUGAGAACCCCAAGGAAUUGGCCUAGUGGGUGCAGCUUGGGUCCUACGGGUGUGCUCUCUCCAGGUCUCAUGUUCAACUCCCUCAAGGUGCUAUCAACUCCUUGGAGUCACGCUCGUAGGCUUUGCCUGAGAUUUGCCGGAUCCACAUGAAGGGAGCACUUUGUGUGAGUUCAGGGAUUAGUUGAGGUGCGCAUAAGUUGGCCUGGACACCCAGUCAUCAAAAAAGAAAGAAAGAUGAUAGUAGUUGAGACUAUGUGGUUUUAGGGUGGACUGAAGAUAACAUCUAAUGUAUAUAGGCACAAGUACAUGAAAACUCCCUCCUAUGAACUUGAUACCAAACUGAUGUAUGGCAGUAUCAGAAAACUCUGAAUACUGGUUGAUUAGGCAGAGGAAGAUUGUAGGUUUAGUUUGCUAAACAUAGGAAAAGAGUUUUAUAGUUUGUGGAUGAAAAGAGAUUGAAAUUAAGCUAUAUUGUUUGUAUAUCAAAAGAAACUGAAAUUAGUUUGGCAUGUUGCUGAAGUUUAAGAGAUUCCAUUGCUGGAAGCUGCGGGCAGCUGCUAAUUACGGUUUUGAGUCUAGGGGAAGGGAUUAGGGUUUAGCAGGAUUUAAUGGGCUUGGGUUUUGGGGCUGACAAGGUUCUUUUUGGUGGUUGUGAAUCGUUCCAGUUAAUAAUAACUUGGUUUUUUUUUUUGUGAAGAGACCAAGAAUCUCUGCUUCAUAACAAUUUGGCUGGUUUUUGAGGAGGAGAACAAAAAUAAGUGGAAUCUGGGAAGUUCCUUGACCUUCAUCCUCUGUGUGUGCGCAUGUGCUUGCGCACAUGUGACUUUAUCUUCUUUUUGCUUGCAGGUGUGUACCUCCUAGCAAAAGGAAUUUACAAGUUGUUGGUUCUUAAUUAUUAAAACUCCAAGGCGGUUUAAGUCCUCUGAAGUUUAGGGUCUGUGACAAGAGGGGCAAAUGUUGGUCAAACUUAGGGUUGUUUGGGAUGUGCUAUAUGAGUGCACUUUUUGACU